UCGGGAGAGAAAGAGAAAUUUCUUUGUUUUUUGUUUUAUUUGUAUUGAUUUUUUGGGGGUGUUUGAUGGUGAUGGAUGGGUAAUUGUGGUGGUAUUUCAGUGGUUGUGGUUUAUUCUGGUCUCUGAGUUGUGUGUCUUGUUUGUUCAAUGAAGUUGCUUGAAUAGUUUGAGAUUCAAGUGGAGGAUUCUUGAAUCUUGUUAUUUGAGAAACAAGAGAAUUGAGAAUUUGCAAAGCUUUUCUUCAUGGCUUUUUCUUUGCUUCGAGUUGUUUUGUCUAUCAAAACCUCUGCUGAACUUGGCUUUGCGGACUCAGAUAGAUAUGCAGGUAGAGUUCUCAGUUCAAAGUUCGUAGGGAAGAACUCUAGGAAGAAGGUGAGAUGGAGUUUUUGUUCAUUGCAUGAUAAUCCUAAGCAACAUGGAAAACUUCCAGUUUUAUCUAGUUUGGUAGCAAACACAGCUGGCGAAGCAGUGAUGUAUUCAGAGCAGAAGGUGUAUGAUGUUGUUCUUAGGCAGGCAGCAUUGGUGAAGGAUCACAAGAUGUCCGAGAUAGUUGUCGGUGUGAAACCCGAUAUGGUUAUUCCUGGCGCUACAUAUUCGUUGAAGGAAGCCUAUGAUCAGUGUAGAGAAGUUUGUGCUGAGAAUUCGAAGACUUUCUACUUGGGAACAUUGUUGAUGACACCGGAGCGACAGAGGGCCAUAUCGGCGAUUUCCGUUUGGUGCAGAAGGACAGAUGAACUUGUGGACGGACAUAAUGCCUCACAUAUAACACCAGCAGCUCUGGACAGAUGGGAGUUGAGGCUCGAGGAUCUGUUCGCAGGUCGCCCAUAUGAUAUGCUUGAUGCAGCUCUAUCAGAUACAGUUUCAAGAUUUCCUGUUGACAUUCAGCUGUUCAAAGACAUGAUUGAAGGAAUGCGGAUGGAUCUCAAGAAGUCAAGAUACGAGAACUUCGAUGAACUUUAUCUAUACUGUUACUAUGUAGCUGGAACUGUUGCAUUAAUGACAGUGCCAGUGAUGGGCAUUGCACCGGAGUCGAAGGCAACAACGGAGAGUGUCUACAAUGCAGCUUUGGCUCUUGGAAUCGCAAACCAGCUUACAAACAUACUCAGGGAUGUCGGAGAAGAUGCGAGAAGAGGAAGGAUUUAUUUGCCACUGGAUGAGCUCGCAGAGGCGGGCCUCACAGACGAGGACAUUUUCAAUGGGAAAGUAACUGACAAAUGGCGAAAUUUCAUGAAGAUUCAAAUUAAGCGGGCUAGAAUGUUCUUCAGGCAAGCAGAGCAGGGUGUGACAGAACUCAGUCAAGCCAGUAGGUGGCCGAUAUGGGCUUCUCUGUUGUUGUAUCGCCAAAUCCUUGACGAGAUUGAAGCAAACGAUUACAACAACUUCACAAAGAAGGCAUAUGUGAGCAAGGCUAAGAAACUAUUAUCACUGCCAAUGGCAUAUGGAAAAUCACUAAUCUCUCCAUCAACGCAUGCGCAGCCUGAGCCUCAGAGUAUGACUUUGUGAAUUCUAAUGCCAAAAAUAAUCACAAGAUGCAUCUUAUAGCUCCAAAGAGUGACAUGUAUAUUCCUUGUUCUGUAAUCGUCGACAAAAGUUGACAAAUACAAUGUCCCGCUUUGUAUAAGAUGCUUUGUAAUUAAGUUAUAUGUUCAGCAAUAUUAUGCCUUUGUUGACAUCAA